AUGGGUCCCUUGCCGGGCAGGGGAGCAACGUGGGAAGAUGAAUCUCCAGUGUACUACUUAUCACUUCUCAGCUUUUGGGGCCCACUUCAAAGGAGGGACUUGGUUCCACGCUUUAAGUCGUGCAAGGCUGAAUCUGCAGAGAUCAAGCGGAAGAUGCGGGAUGUGCUUCACCGUCGGCUGCGAUGUAUACGGGAGAAGGUGCAGAGGCAGCGGGCAGGGCUUGAUGCUCAGAAGAAAUACGAGCAUCUUCCUGGCAAGGAGCGGGAGGCAGUGGAACGGGCGUUCUUCCACUAUGAUGCAGACCUUUCUGGGUAUCUCGAAUAUGACGAGAUAAUUCCAGCUCUGCGAGAGUUAGGGCUCUCCGGGUCGAACGCGAUCGAGAAGAGAGAGAUAAUGCAGGUCUGUCGCAAUGUCAUGACCGCUACACGUGUCCAAACUCUUCAUCUGCGACAAGCGGAUAGCCUUCAACAGGUGCUGAACGCACAGCGUUCUCGAAUGCAGGGUCAACCACGGAUAAAGCUGGAGGUGACGAAGAAAGCUACUGGUCCUCUGAAGUCUCCCAAAGCAGGAGAUUCGAAGCAGGCGCGGAACAGCACCGAGCGCGCUCAGGAGAAGAGGCCCUCGGGGAGCCGGCGCAGCAGCUUUGACUCGUCUCAGUGCUCGGACUCCGGCGAAUCUGGCAGCGAAGACUUCGAGGUCGGGGUGGAGUCACCGGAGGGCGAGGGCAUGCGCUUCGACUUCCUGACCUUCGCCGCCAUUCUGGUACCGAAGGUUCGACAGCGCUUGACGGAGCUGCAGAGCACAACUGUCAUGCGAUAUUUCUGCAAUUUCGAUAGAGAGGGAACUGGAGAAAUCUCCGUGCUGAAGUGCCUGGAGAUUGCACGAUGCCUCAAGAUGGACCAGCUGCAUAUGAUGGAUGCGCUGAAGGCGGCAGAUUUCGCAGUGGAUGCGGAGGUUUUAGUCGACUUUGACUCCUUUGAGCAAUGUGUCAUGACUUGCAGAGAGCACACCAAUCGCCAGCUGCGGCAGCGCGAGAUCGAGAUCCUUGUCGAGAUGCAAGUGCGACCUGACCUCUUCCAAGAGUGCAGGGAGAGCAUCCCCCAAAUCUACGAAGUCUUUCGAAGGCUCUCCGGGGAAGUUGGGCCGACUGCUGUCAUAUCAGCGAGCGAAGCCUUCCUUGCGGUGUAUGAGCUUGGCAUGAUGCCGCGAGAGCAGUGGCAGAAGGAGGAGAUCAAGCAGUUCCUCGUGCCCGCCGAUUCUGAAGACUAUGUCUAUGCCCAGACGCAGCUGAACUUUGAAGAUUUUCUGACAUUCCUGAGGAGUGUGCGGACGUUCAAUGAAGAGCAGCGACUGGCGGAACUUACUGAGCACUUCGCUCGGCUUGACAAGGAUCGGAACGGCCAUCUGGACAUGAAAGAGCUCAACCAACUGCUGGAGGAGACGGGAUGCUGUCCUCGAAGCCGCAAAGAGCAGGAGGAGGUCCGCCAGCUCAUCCAGUCCACCGAUACGGAUGGAAAUGGCGUCAUUGACUUUGGGGAGUUCAAGGAGCUCGUGCAAAGGAUUGCAGAGCGCUUUGCGAGCCUGCGCAGCUAG